UGUAACGCUAUCACGUGAUUGUGGCACCUGGGUGUCGUCGUUGAACACUCUCGGAAAUUUUACUAGAACUUGUAGACUGGACACCAUGGAAACGGAGAGAGGGUGUCGGGGAGUCAACCUCAUCAAAGGAGUCGGUGAUGUCGUAAUAACGCUACUCAUGAUGUUGGUGCUCGGCCUCUUUGAAUGGUAUGGUGUUCCGUUCCGGCAAGGAUUUUUCUGCGACGAUGACACGAUCAAGUACCCGUACAGACCAAACUCCAUAUCAGUCACACUGUUAUUAAUAGUGUCGAUAGUCAUACCUCUGGCGGUGAUGGCCACAUGGGAUGUUGUUUUUAAAGUCUAUAAACUACGUGGUUCCCUCACCUGCCGGGUGGCGUGGAGGAGAGUCUACGACGCCGUCCUUGUGUUCCUGUUCGGCGCAGCUCUCACGCUGUUCAUCACCGACAUCGGCAAGUACAGCAUCGGGCGUCUCAGACCUCACUUCAUUGCUGUAUGUCAGCCCGACCUGAACACCGCCUGUACAGAGGGAUACGCCCAGGAUGAUGUUUGUAAAGGGUCCGACGUUAAGGCCAUUGCGGAAGCAAGACUUUCUUUUCCUUCAGGCCAUGCAUCAAUUUCUUUCUUCGGAAUGACGUACUUCGCGGUAUUCCUUUACGCCCGGUUACCUAAAUCCGGACCUCGUCUCCUCAAACCGUUUGCCAUGGCUCUUGUGCUGAGCGUGGCGUUCUACAUCUCCCUGUCACGUGUCUUCGACUACUGGCACCAUCCUGGUGACGUCCUAUUUGGCUCUCUUCUUGGGGUGUCUGUUGCUGUGCCUUUGAGCGUCUUUGUUGCGAAGCUGCGACCGCCGUCCACUACAACCAACAACAAAGAUGCUGUUGACAGACCUACAAUUGCAACCGUCACAUGAAGAGUGAGCCGAGGCAAACUGCGAUGAAGACUGGAAGUGUUUAAGAAUGAAUCUGUAUACAUACAUGACGUCAACGUCAGAAGACGUUAGAACAUUGAUCCACUGAAACGUUCCAUUGGGCGUUACACCCGUGACAGGAAACAAGGGCGAAUAGUAUAUAAAUAUAUCACUGAUAAUGUGAGAUUACAUCAGGUGUUCACUGAAUAGACGUUUUGAAAGCUCACUGCAUGUUUUUAUAUAUGGUGAUAUAUACAUGUCAUCAUUAUAUAGUCUCUCAUCUGUGAGCUAAACGGUAUGAAGGCCCGUGAAUCAUUUUUCAAAGCUUGCUCUUUGUCCUCCGUUGGCACUGAUACUGUUAGUCCGUAACAAACAUUCCGGCUUAGACAAGAGGAAGUAUAUACCUGACCCUUUUUAAUCCAGACUGUACAUCCAUAGAACUGACAUAUAUUGAAAAUAUCAAAAUACAUUGAUCUCACUGAAACCAUUUCAAGUUACCACUACUAUUAUAAUAAACAAUAUGUAUGUUUCUUUGAA